UUAACGAGACCAACUUAGACAAGGAUGCACGCGCCGCCCGCGGCCUUGAUCUUCUUCUCCGCCACCGCGGUAAAUAAUUUGGCCUUCACGACCAUCGGUUUCGCGACGAGGCCCUUGCCGCCGACCUUGAAGAAGCCGUGCUGCGUCACGUCGACGACCGGCGCCUGGCCGGCGGGCGCGACCGUGCCCUCGGGCAGCGUGCUCCAGAGCAUCUCGACGUUGAUCAUGGGGCAGUGGUAGCGCGCCUUCGUCCGGUGGAACUGGCGCAUGCCGACCUUACCGAAAUAACCCGGGUGGAACUGAUCAAACAACGUUCGCAUGUGGUGCUGGCCGCCGGCGUUGCCGCGGCCGCCGGGGUGCUUGCGGUGCUUGCCGAUGCGGCCGUGGCCCGCGGACACGGAGCCGCGCUUCUUGCGGUUCUUGCUUAACCGAGUGAGCGGCUGCGUUGGGGGAGGCGGGGUUAGUUACGCGCGCGCUCUCUCUCUGGGGGUGUGCGCGCCGCGCGGCCGAGCGUCGGUGUUUGCGGCUCGCGUUCGGAGUCGUCUCGGCGGGCGCGGUGUGUAUUUGGGAGCCGUCCCGCGUCCAGCGCUCGCUCCGCUGCUUCCCGCGGCGGCUGGCGUCGGCGGCGACGGCCUGCUAGGCAGGCGCGCGCGGCGCUCGAGCGCUCGGCAGGGCUUUGCAGUAGCAGGGCUGGCUCUCGCGUUUUUGGCGGCCGCGAGCACGAAAUCGCUGAGCGAGAGCCACCACCCAUCUAUGAAUGUGCUUCCUUUCGUCUGCGGACGCCGAUUCAUGCCAUGGUUGCGUCUGUACAGCUCCUGUCUAUGCGCUCGCGCUCGGCGACAAUAG